AGAGUUACUAUAUUACCGUUGGUAUUGAAAAGAUGCAACUUCUCCUCGAAAAGUAUAAAUAACCAACCAAGCCGUUUUCUUUCAAAUAUUUACUGCAUUUUAUUUAUCUCUCAAGUUUUUCUUCGGUUGUUUCAAUGGCUAACUUACAAUCUGCAGAACCAUCUACGCCAACCACCCUCCAACUGUCGGGUUCUCUACACGGAGAUAUUAUUCAAGUAGAGGGUGACACCGGCAGUUUACAAUUCUCUGUUAAAUUCAACAUCCACAAUAAGCAUAAUCGUAAUCAUAAUCAUGGUUCGGAUGAUCAUUUUAGUCCGUUAGCCGCAAAUUUCUUCGGAAACAAUCGCCUCUUCGAGAAUCUAAGUCCGUCCUCUUCUUAUAUCACCCCAAAUAAUGAUAGGAUUGUAGAGGCUGCUGCUGUUGAGUCUGACAUAAGAAAGACUGUUAAUAUAAUGACAAGGCUGAGAAGCGGGGCUAUAUCUCCGGUUAAGUACUAUUUACCUCGCGUUUCUGCCGUGUCUAGUGAGAGUUCGAAGAGAAAAGUGAAAUGCAGAACUGGGAGGAAGAAGGAUUUAUUGAAAACUGUUCUUAGAAGACAUAGUCUUCCUGUUAGGCCGUGUAAUUCUUAUGCUUUUUUCGUUAUGGCUAACUGGAAUUCGGUUAAUUGUUCUUCAUUUAGUGAGGCAAGCAAGAGUUUGGGUCAAAUGUGGUGCCAAAUCUCACACAAAGAGAAGAAGGUGUUUUCAGACAUGGCAUUGAAGGACAGUGCAAGGUAUAAAAAGCAACGUUUGCUGUUACAAGGAUGAAGAAAUAUGCGAAGAAACAACGAAGAUGAAGUAAUGACUACUUUUCUUGUUGGAAUAUGAAAUUAGUUUAUGCAAAUUGGUUUUUCCAUUUUUCAUUAGUAAGCUUGAAUUUUUAUUUGUAUUAUUGACUUGAAAUUCUGAUAGUAUAACUUGUUUUUGCAUAUGAGUGACGCAAAAUAACAUUUAAAUCAUUUUGCA